CACACGUUCAACGACAAACAACAGCUACAAGAAGAAUGAUUGAUUAUUAUCUGUAAAAUGUCUCUAUUUUAUUGAGCAAUGAAGGACUACUGGACUCCUAUUGCUACGCUUACUAUGUUUUUUGAUGGUAUGCUCAAAUAUCAGGCUGUCCAAUGCUUCUGCACUCGAGUUUUCCUCAGUGACAAAGAUCUCGUGAAUUAUAAACCGGACGAAAAUGGACCUUGUGACAGCGUGGAAUAUGAUGGAAAAGAAGUAAAGACAGAACAAGAACAAAAUCAGGAGGGAAACACAAACUCCCAUCARGGGGUCGUAAAUUCAGACAUCAGCUCAGAAGAAGAUGAUGAUGACAAUGUGAUGAUGACAUCUCUGGAUCAUCGGAAAGCAAAGGCUCUUGCUAAAGCUCCAUAUAUCCAUCAUAUGGAAGAACCAGAUGAGCUGGCAGCAGAAGAGCUGAAGAUGAUGUAUAAAAUGGGGUUACCAACUUGCUUUCUUAACUCACCGAGAGCCUUAGACUCUGAUGAAGAUGAGGAUAUUCCUAGUUCAAGUUCRAUCCAGAGAAAAGGGAAUUGCAAGAAGAGAAGAGGCAAGAGACGUGGCCAAAGGAGUCAACAGAAGAUCUCUUCACAUCCUUUUUAUGAAAAGGGAGAAUUAUUCAAUGGAAAGGUGCACGAGGCUCCUAUGCCAGGAACCUGGCAGARUUUAGGUGGUGAAGACAAUGACAAAGCUAAGUCUGAAGAAAAAGAUUCAUUCAGUGUGGUUUUGAAGARUGGGAUUACUUUAUCUCAAAAUAAAGAUACAUCGAAGCCUGRAGACAUUUCAAAAUCAUUUGCAACCGUAGAGGAAGAGAUUUCUUCAAACGCUGUGGCUAAAGUGAAAGAAUGUGACUCUUAUGCAACAGAUGAAAAAACUUUCAAUACAGUUACAAAGGCUGCUGAAAAUCUAUGUACUUUGGACAAAAAUGAAGCUAUACAAUCUGAAGAAAAACUCUCUUCUGCUACAGAUGAAGAUAAUAUGCACCAUACAGAAAUGAAGUCUGACAAAGAUUUAGUAUCUCAUUCAGAUUACACUGUAGAAAUAUUACCAGUUUCAGGACAUCAGGACACCAAAUUGGAAACUCUGGCGGCAGAUAAUCAUGGUCAUAAUUCAGAUGGUGAUGUUGAGGAUCUUCAUGUUUCUGACUUAGACCUCUCAGAGACAAAAGAAAUGAAAGGCAUGCAACUAAAUAACCUAGAAGAAUUUGAGGAUGAACAAUAUGUAGAAUCUGUAGRAGGAUGGGAAGAAUAUUGGAGAUAUUAUGGAUACUCGUUGGUCUGGGAAAGUUGGGUUGCRAAUCAGGAUGAAAGUCAUCAAGCACCGUUGUAUGUUGCAACCAGAGAGGUAGACGAUUCUUCUGCAGACGAGAAUAAGAAGAAAGAUGUUAAUGAAAAUAAAAAUGAAAAUUUGAAAGAUGMUGCUGAAAUGGGAUUUAGAGAGAUACCUGAAAAUGCCAAGAAUGGUAGUGUUUGCUUAACAGAUUCUGAUAAAGGAGAAUCAAUGACUAAAGAAAUGAACUGUGAUGAAUCAAAAUUACAUAUCAAUACAAAUGAUGAUAACUUUAAAGCUUCUGAUGGAAAAUCAGAUGAUUUACAAUCGAAGUGGGCACAGCAUUACAAUGAUGUUUACUCAUAUUAUCACGAACAAUACAAGCAUUGGAAAAGUCAGGGUUAUGUUUUUGAUGUUCCUAAUGAUGAUUCAAAGAAAAUAGCAAAGGACAGCGAUAACUUAUUAAUGAAAGAUGUAAGUUUUGAAGAGCAGAAUGAUGCAGUAAGCUGUGGUUCUGGAAAUAAAAGAUCCAAGAAGCAAAGGGGUAACCAAACUAACAGUGGUACUGGAUGUAAUAGUGCAGCAACUUGUACAACAGUAAAUAGAUCCCAUACAGAAAGUAAAGUUCAGAGUGUGAAUGGAUCAGAUGAUGAUGAUUCUGAUCAACCAGAAGAAAGACCCAAAAGUUUAAAGAGGGGCCAUGAGUUGGACUUUGAAGAACAGCGUGCCGAAUGCCUCAAAAAAGCAUACAGAUUAAUGGGAUUCAAAGUCUCUGAUCCCAGAGCUGCGAAUUUCAAAGCUCUACCGAAGUUCAGGUAUGGUAAAGUUAAGUACCAGACAAAGAAACUGCAAGCUAAGAGCAAGAARCUUUAUAUUAAUCAAAAACCAAAGGCAGGGAUUCAAGAAGAAAAGCUCUUGCAGCAAGUGAAAGAUUUUCUUAAWAGAAAAGAGACGAGCACUUCAAGUUCUUCUAGUGAGUUGCCGUCCAGUGCUAGUGAUUCUGAAGAUGAUGGUAGUGAUGUUAAAGCUACUGAAAAUCUUGAGAAGAAUUUAUGUGGGAAGGAUAUGACUUCAGUUGAAACAAUGGGUGAGGAGAAUGGGGACAAUAAAACGAAACUGAAAGGGAAAGAUGUUGUUCUUGAAAACAGAUCAAAUGAAAUAUCUGGAUCAAGUGCUUUCUCACUGCCAGAUUUAGAUAUGGAAUCACAAAGACAAGACCCUGCAGUUGCAAAAUACUGGUUCCAGCGCUAUCGUCUGUUCUCUCAGUUUGACAAAGGCAUAAAAAUGGACAAAGAAGGCUGGUAUUCAGUAACACCAGAGCGCAUAGCUGAACACAUUGCAGAGCGCUGCAGGUGUGACCUGAUUAUUGAUGCCUUCUGUGGUGUUGGGGGAAAUGCUAUCCAGUUCGCUUUUACCUGUGAAAGAGUAAUUGCAAUAGACAUAGAUCCUGUGAAGAUUGCAUGUGCUCAGCAUAAUGCAAAGAUAUAUGGAGUGCAAGACAGAAUUGAGUUUAUCGUUGGAGACUUCAUGCAACUUGCAGGUAGUUUACAAGCAGAUGUCGUCUUUCUCAGCCCACCAUGGGGAGGCCCAGGUUAUACGAAAUCUGAGGUUUUUGACAUACAAACCAUGAUUUCAUUGGAUGGWUUUAAACUGUUUGAAAAAGCUAAGGAAAUCACUGAAAAUGUCUCUUAUUUUUUGCCCAAAAAUACUGAUGCUGAGCAGAUGGCAUCCUUAGCUGGUCCUGGGGGGAAGGUAGAAAUUGAACAAAAUGUUGUGAAUAAGAAGUGCAAAACUGUAACAGCCUACUAUGGGCAUUUGAUUUCAGAGUCUUCUUAAUGCAUAGAACCUCAGAAAACYCUCCAUAAGGACAA